AUGUCAAGACAUCAAUAUGAUUUAAUACAAUGUAUGAAACAACCAGGAAAAGAAAUAGGUAAAUUAUGUUCAAAUUGUGAUGGUCAUUGUCCAAUAUGUGAUUCAAUGGUAAAACCUUUUGAAAAAGUUCAUAUUUGUUCUCAAUGUUAUCAAUUAAAUAAAAUUUCAAAUAAAUGUUUAAUCUGUGGAAAUAAUUAUAAUAAUAAUAAUAAUAACACAGAUGGAUCGGGAGAUGGUGGUAUUGAUGCUUAUUAUUGUUUUGAAUGUUGUAAACUAGAUAAAAAUAGAGAAGGUUGUCCAAGAAUUAUUAAUAUUGGUGGUAAUAAAAUUGAUUUUAUUUAUCUGAAAAAAUCAAAUCAAUCUGGUAAUAAAUCUUUGGAGAAUAUUUGA